AACGUGCUGGGUCCACAAACGACUCAGACAACAGCGCUUGCCGCCUCCUCGAAGAAGAAAAUCUAUACCUCAGCAACAUUGAAUCUGACUGUCCUUUACUUUGUAGGCGAUUUUUAAUAAGUUCACGAAACAAGGAAUUAGAGGUUUCAGUCAUCUUUUCAUUUCAACGUGCACCAGUUCUUCCAGUAACACAUAAGAUAGUAUUGUAAAUAAACAAAGGAACAAUUCAAAGACAAUACCAUCAAGAUGAUUGGUCGUCUCAACAGAGAUAAGUAUACAAAUACAUUUUACACGGAAAGUAUUCCUAUAUACCCCGUUACAAUUCGACUACGUCAGUCAGUACUUAAUGGGAAGAAGGAAGCUUUAGCCCAUAACCCUCAAGUACAGGAAAGUGCCAUGCGGCUAAAUCAGCAACAUUCUCAAGCACAGGAUGACGUCUUAUUGGAAAAUCAACAGCUGUUGACGGUAACUCUGAAGACUAAUCUGAACAGCACCUGUAGUGGAACUUUGCCGAAUAUUUACAGGGAGCAGCAGAAUUGGAACAACCAUCAGAACACGGAUCUCCAGGAAAACAAUAUUCAGUCACCAAUCUAUGACCCUAGGUCAGCAUCUCCACUGGAAGAUGGUAGCGAACAGGCAAUGUCACUCUCCUUAUCCGAAGACUUGUCGAAAAAUGGAAACACGGAGGAUGAAAGUUUCUCUGAUCUAGAAUAUUCAGACAGUAGUCCUCUUCUUGAUGGAGAGUUAAGCGAAAGUAGCCCUCUGUUGAAGAGGGAAAAUGCAAAUGUUAACACCAACGAUCAUGUAAUUAAUGGCGAUUGUUGUAACAACAACAAGUUGGCAUCUCGAGAAAACAUCACUUGUGAAAACCCAUUUGAUUCGAUAUCCCAAGAAUUUUCUGAUUCAGAAAAAGUUUGUUUGCUGAAGAAUUCUUUCAAUAACACUAAUAACGCUAAUCAUAAUGAUAAUAAUGGCGUCAUUGAAACUUCGAUUGUUAUUCUUACACAAGCUCCACAAAACAGUGUAGCAAGGGAUAAGCCUUUCGUACAAGAGAAUCAAAGUAAUGAAGCUUUUCUAACAUGCAAAAACAAUAAUUUGUGUAUUAAUGAUUGCAAUGAGUCUCUUACGUCUGAUAAAAAUUAUUUCUGCGACAUUAGCCCAAUGAGUGUGACAAGCUCAGAAGAUAACGUGGAAAUGAAAUACAUUGGUGACUGCUCAAAGGUCACUAAUGAACAUAACAACAAUGAAGAAUCUUCUGGGCAAGAAAAUGUAGGCGUACUCAUUGAAAUUCAGGAAUCUGAGCCGACUAUUGGUCACGACACUAAUAUAUUGAAAAUGAAAGAUAACUUGCCGAAAAAUGUCACCAAAAACGAUAAACUGAGACCUGAGAAUGCUGAUAUUAUAGAACCUCAAGGCGAUUACAAAAAGCUAGAUUUAAAGAAUCUCAAUCAGUGUGAUAGUAACAGAAGUGGUGUAAACUUAUCAUCGCCUAACAAUAAUACUUUCUGUCUUCAGAAUUACAAGGAAAAGGUGAAAGUUUCAGAGCAUUCUGAAGUGUUAAUUAACGAUACAAGAGAGACGUCAGUUUCUUCUGAUAUUGAAAAUAUACAAGGAAUUCAGUUUAAUUCCAAGGGUCUUCAAAUAACAACAAAGGCUGCUUCGUGUGAUGAUGCUGCUCCAAAAAAGUUAGAUACUUUUUUGAAGAUACUUGAUGAAUCACCAGAAAAAAAGUCACUUGCAUUGAAAGAGAAAUGCAAUGACAUAAAGAAAGAAGUAAGAGAAUCUAAUGACGAACAAGGAAAUUCGAAAUCAAAAAACAAACAAUCUUCAUCUAUCUUGGCUUCUAUUAAACCCUUCCAGAUUCAUCAUCCUAGCGGUCUUUCUGUACUCUCAUCCCUUCGGCAGUACGAAUCAUCCGGAUCCAAACAAAAUAAUCGUCACUUAAAUCAGUGGUCAAUUAAGGAAGAUAAUUCUAUUUUUUCUGAAAAUACCUUAAACAAUAACAGCAUUACUAACAGUAUAGUAUAUAAAAAUAUGGUGGAAAAGGUGACUAAAGUACCACCGUCUCAAAACACGAAACCCAGUAACAAUAUUCAAAUUCCACCAUUGAAACAUUCAACGAACUCUGUUACUUCUAGCAACAAAGCCAAACCUAAACAACCACAGGAUUUCUUAGGAAACUUUGACGUAUAUAAUAUUGAAACGGCUAUGCCCACCAUUGACUGGGCUGCAAUGGAAGCUCAUCUAACUGAAGCUGCAAAGGAAACAAAUUGGUAUUUACGUCGUCGUCAAGAUCGGGAAGAAAUCCGUAGGAAACUAGCCAUGGAUUCGGACAACGAGGAUUAUUAUUGUGGCGAGAAAGUAACCAAAAAGCCUAAUCUCACUACACGACUUCAGAGUGGCAUGAAUCUCCAAAUAUGUUUUAUGAAUGAGACGGCAAGUGACCAAGAAGGACAAGGCAGCGACCAUGAUACAGAGAACAUGAAUUAUAAAAACAAAAAUAAAUACAUGCGGAUAGGUUCAAAAAAUAAAACUUUGCUUUUGGGUGAUGGAGAGGAUAUUUCCUUUCGAAAAAAGAAUAAGUCAGAAGCAUAUUUGAAGCUCUGUUCGAAUGAAACUCAACUGUUAGGCACCAAACGAGAGAGGCCAUCCUUUUUAUUUACUCGACCACGAAGUUGGCAUUUGUGUUCCAUUCAGAAGAAAGAUGAAGAUAAACAAAAAAAAGAUCCAGAGGAAGAUUUCCUAACAAGGCACGCACGGCUACAAGCAGAGGCCAGAAUGGCAUUGGCUCAAGCAAAAGAAAUGGCUAGAAUGCAAAUGGAAGUAGAAAGACAAAGAAAGAAAAAAUCUCCAAUUGCAGAAAUUGUUGGAUUUCCCCUCCCAGACGGCCGACACCGGCUUAGCAGACAAAUUCUAACUGACAUGAAUAUAGGCCAGUUACAAGUUAUUGUAAAUGAUAUCCAUACACAGAUUGAAAAUUUAAAUGAAGAGUUAGUGCAACUGCUGCUAGAAAGAGACGAUCUACAUAUGGAACAGGAUUCUAUGCUGGUUGACAUUGAGGAUCUCACACGAUAUUUGUAA